AUGGCGGCGCGAGGCUUCCGCAGCGUCUUCAAGACGACGUCGGCCAUCAACUGCAUGAAGGCGCAGCUGGGCAGCAUCGACGUCAUCAUCGAGGUCCGCGACGCACGCAUCCCGUUCUCGUCGGCCAACCCGCUGCUGGAUGGCAUUGGCAACCACAAGCCGCGCCUUGUCGUGCUCAACAAGUCGGACUUGGCCAACUCGAACAUGAAGGCGCGUGUGGAAGCGCGCUUCCAGGAAGCCGACAUGGACUGUCUCUUCACGUCCGUCAUCAAGGGCAAGCACAUCCAGCAUAUCCUCAAGUGGUGCAACACGCACGGCAAGUCGCAGUUCCAGAGCACGGCUGGCACCGUCGUCAUGAUCGUCGGUGUCCCCAACGUUGGCAAGUCCUCGAUGAUCAACGCCUUCCGCAGCAUCUCGUCGUCGCUCAAGCUCUCGAAAGGCAAGAAGAAGGCGACGGUCGGCGCGACGCCGGGCGUGACGGUGCGCACCGACAUCUUCAAGGUCAACGAGGCGCCGGCCAUCUACGUCAUGGACACACCAGGCGUCAUGCUGCCCAACAUCCCGAGCCCCGACGUCGGCCUCAAGCUUGCGCUCACGGGUGCGAUCAAGGACGAGAUUGUCGGCGCCGAGCUCAUCGCAGACUACAUGCUCUUUACGCUCAACCGCAUGGGCUCGACGCAGUACGUCAAAGCGCUCGGGCUGCCCGCGGCCACCGAUGAUAUCGAAGAAGUGUUUACAGCGGUCGUCCGUGCGAGCGGCGGCGUCGGCAAGCCCGAAGACACCCAGCGCCAGCUCGCCGCUGCCUACUUGCUCAAGGAGUUUCGGCGAGGCGCGUUUGGCACGUUCACACUGGACCCGAUCUAA